AUGCGGAGGAUGGCUGGUGGCCGUGCGGCUCCGUCUCCGCGGCCACCGGAGGUCCCGGAACUGGAAGGUUCCCUCGGAAUCGUGGGUCGCACGGGCCAACUAAAGCGGACGGCCGUCCUGACUGCGAGAACUCCCAGAACGCCACAGGUGCAUUCAGGGGAGCUGCGGAGACGACACUCGCACACACAUGGUGCGGUGGCUGAAGGGACUGGCAAGGCCUUUGUAGCAGUCGCCCAGAACGCCUUGGGCCCACCGCACCCCUCGCCAUCGCACGUGCGCACAGAGCCAGGAGGUCGCCUCUCCUUGGAGCAGGCUGGAAUGGCUGGAGCUGGAGGCGGAGGUGUUGGAGGAGGGCUCGACAUCGAGCUGGAAGGAAGUCAGUCGAUGCCGCGGGACUCCAGGACUCUGAAUCAGUUCAGUGCCGUGGCUUCAGCAUCCCAAAAUUGUCCCGUGGACCCAGCGGGAUCGGCUGGUGCCGCACCGCGUGGCCCUGCUGCAGGCAGACCUCGUCGGGCCAGCGAGUACGUGCAGGAAAGCUCCUCCGCCUCCGACGACCUCCCACGGCAAGGCCUUGAACGGAGAAGCUCGCUACCAGGAACCGUGCCGUCACCGGCCAGCGAGGUGAUCCGAAAGUCCUUGAACUCCACCCUACGGAAGUUCGAAGAGAGCGAUCCAAGCUGCACUUCCGUCACCACGGCUCCAAGAAGGAACGGCGCAAGGCAUGCAGAGGCUACCAUGGCACCAGGCGAUCGGCAGGAGGGGGCCUGCGAAGACUCUGAGGAGUUGGCGAGGCAUCCUAUGACGAUGGCAGACUGCAACGAACUUGAGGGCCAGAUUGCGGAGAAUGCCGACAGCUCCGCUGCCAGGCGACGCAAGGUUUCACGGAGCUCAAAAACUGGACCGGAAAGGCAAGACGUCGAUGCACAGACCGAUGCCGCCGCACAAGCUCGGGCACAGAGGUUGAGCCCUGCUCACGAGCAAGAGCUCGGUGAGGAAGGGGAUCUUCUGGAUCUACUGCCCAUGCCUGGAGUGACCGGAGGUGAAGGCAAUGAGGGCGAGCCCUGGAGCGAGGCAUUGAGCUCAAAGAAGCCAGGAGGAGGGCAAGCUGAAGACUCCAUUGACACCUUUGAUGGUGGGCCUCACGAUGCGGUGGUGCCGCGAGAAGCGGUCUCAGAUGCGCAAGUCGGGGAGAGGUUUGCGGGAUCUGAGUGGCACCAGCCCCCUGCACGGGCCACGCCCAUGGCCACGCCGACCAGGAGCUCGGAGAGGGAGACUUCGGCGGUCACGGGCGGCGCCGCGAGAGGCGGCGGCAACACCGUGGCCACGCCGACCGAGAGCCCACAGAGAUCGGCGGUCACGGGCGGCGCCGCGGCCGUGUCCGGCCUGUGCCAGGGAGAGGGAGCAGAGCCCUGCGCGGCGGAGCGGGCAGAGCGGCCCUCUGCAGACUCCGCAGAGGGCUCUGCGGAUUCGGCCGAACAAGAACAUGCCACUGCCGAAGAGACCUCGACUCGCGCACUGCGGGCUCCAGCUAGGCGAAGAAGCUCGAAGACUUCCUCCAGGAGGCCCAAGACAGAGAAGAUCGAGGAACGAGGCAACGAGGGCACGUCCAGUGGUGCAGCGAACACGGGUGCUGCCAGUUCAGGCAGGCGGCGCAGCUCGAGACGACACAGCAAAGGAAGAGCCUUUGCGACAGUGCCCGGCCGCCAAGAGGCAGAGGGAAUUGAAGCUGACGAGUCAAGGCGCCUUCGAAAAGACGGUCGGAAGGAGUCGGACUCAGAGCCGGAGUCCGCUGUAACAGACAACGACCUUUCCGAAUUCCUCCAGGAGCUGUUUUCGCAGUACAGCACCUCCCGCGAUAAGAAGGGCCGGCCCUUGAUGUCGAAUGCCGGGCUCAGACGAUUUCUGCAGGACUUCACUUUCGGUCCGGGCAGCCGUCCCUCGCAGGCCGCGCAGGCGCACCUGGCUGCACAGGCUGAUGUCCGUUACGACGAAGAGAUCGAGCGCCAGAGCAACAUGCCCACCGUGUUCGAUCUCACUAAGGGAGAUGCCAACCGUGGCCUCUGCUUCAAGUCCUUCGACAUCGUGGUGAACCAGGUCAACAUGCCAUGCUCCUCCAAGGAGAUGACGAAGAGGUGGUUUAUCACCUACUCCUACGGCAUGGCCAACCCGACGCCUGCAGAAGUGGCCGAGGCCAUGUACGCAGGCCUCCACUGA